AUGGUUGGAAUAUGCUUAAGAUACACAGAUGUGCUGCAUUUAUACUUGCUAUUUAACCAUGUGUUCUUCACUCAAUUGCUCACUCUGCACCCACAUUUUCAUGGAGAAAAUGGAAAGCUCCGCAAUCCCUUUUUUGAAGAAGUAGAUUUUGAGAAGCUUAGCGAUGAGUGUCAACAACUACUCGCAACCCUUCCUAGAGAAAAAACCUGGGAUGGAAGCUAUUACUAUCUCUAUCAAGGCUUUUGGUUCCGAGCUAUACCCCUUCAUGGCAUCAUUCUCUUUCAGAAACACUUCCAGGCAGAAGACGAAGAUGUAUUAAUCAUCACUUCUGCAAAAUCAGGCACCACUUGGUUGAAGGCCCUCACCUUUGCCAUUGCCAACCGAAAAGAUUCCCCACUCACUCAGAGCCCUUUGCUCACUAGCAGCCCUCAUCAACUGGUACGUUUCCUUGAAUAUGACCUUUAUUACAUGAAAUCGGAGUAUCCCGAUCUCCAAGACCUUCCUCGCCCUAGAUUCCUUGCAACCCACCUACCAUAUGAACUGUUGCCGCCGUCCAUUAAAGAUUCUAAGUGUCGGAUUGUGUACAUGUGUCGAAAUCCAGUAGACAAAUUCAUCUCACUGUGGCAUUUCGUAAACCACAAUCGCCCUGAACCCCUGCAGCCAGAUUCACUGGAGGCUGGUCUGGAGAUGGUGUGCAAGGGAAUUGAAGGAUGUGGACCAUACUGGGAUCACGUGUUGGGGUACUGGAGGAUGAGUAGGGAGAGACCAGAGAAGGUGUUGUUUCUGAAAUAUGAAGAUUUGAAAGAGGACAUCAUCUGUCAAUUGAAAAGGUUAGCCCACUUCCUGGGCGUUCCUUUCUCUGAGGAGGAAGAGAGACAAGGGAUGAUAGAGGAAAUAUCAAGAUUGUGUAGUCUUGACAGCCUUAAAAACUUAGAGGUGAAUAUGAAUGGAAUGCACACCAGUGGACUUAAAAAUAGCAGUUUCUAUAGGAAAGGAGAGGUGGGAGAUUGGGUUAAUUAUGUAACCCCUUCCAUGGCAGAGCGAAUUGAAAAUGCUUUUGAAGAAAAGCUCAGUGGCUUUGGUUUAUCCUUUAAAAUGUCCUGCAACACUAAGAACGAGGAUAAUUGAGUAUUACUUUGCUAGUUAGAUUUAUAUUUAAUGUUUUAAGUUUCUUGGUGUUACGCAUCCUUGUAUUUUAGGCUUUUAUGUUGAUGUAACAGUAGAUAACCAUGAGUGUUGAUUUUCUAUGCAUUCACUCUUUUGCAUUAUAAAGUUUUCAUUGUCUUCAUUCA